GAUGAUCGAAACAAACAACAUGUUGUGAGGUGAUAUUUAAGUAGGAAACUAUAUUAAUUCGUAAAAAUUCAUUGCGCAUUGAUUGUGUUAUUUUCAACGCCUAGAAUAUUUAACUCUCAAUAAUAGACAAAUGGCUUAGUUAACUCAAGCCUGGAGUUAGAAACACUUUAAUAAGAUGACAGAAAUCUUCUUGGUUUACGAUUAUAGUGUCUUUGCUUGAUGUUUGAUUAAACUUUUCAACUGAAAAAAAUGGAUCCAUUUCGAAUGCGAUCUAAAUCAUGUUCAAAUCAUAAACGGAAGCCGAAACAUCAUUGCCAUGCUCUAGAAGUCCUUGUUCGGAACACAAUUCCAAUGGAUCCAGCGGAAGACAGUUUUAGGCGACGCUCUGUAAGUUCCCCGGCGUCCGAUUUAACAUUUCGACGUGAUGUUUUCAGCAGACGACAGUACGGGUCUGUUGAACUGUUAUACUCUGAAGAUGGAGAGGGAACCAAUACAGCUGGAAGGUUCCGAGUAGAAACUGGUGAACAUGAUGGCGAUGAGGUACCAAGUCCUGUUAAUAGUCCCAUACAUCUAGAGAAUCCAGAAUUUCAGACCAGAUGGUACUUUAAAUAUUUUCUAGGAAAACUUCACCAGAACUAUGUGGGCACGGAUAUUGAUCGGGAGCCUUUCCUUCUUUCUGUAGUGGUUACUGAUGUUAAUAAUCAUAAUGUGCAGCAAUAUAGAGCUAUUUUAUGGUGCAAAAGUGGUGCUAAGAAGAUAUGCUUGCCUUACAAUCAAAGUAAACCUCAAACAGUUAAAGGUAUUUUAAGCCAUUUUAAUCUUCAUAAAACAGAAAGAGGACCAAAGGAAAUUUUUGAUCCUGAAAUCCAGAAAGAUUUACUUGUAUUGGAGGAACAAGAGGGUUCGGUGAAUUUUAAGUUUGGUGUGAUAUAUGCCAAAGAAACCCAGUCAUGUGAUGAUGAAUUUUAUAGCAACGAACACAACACGAAAGCCUUUCGAAAUUUCCUUGAACUUAUUGGUGCUACCAUUGUUUUAAAAGGAUGGGACAAAUUUAAAGGAGGCCUUGAUGUUAAAGCUGAUUCUACAGGUACGGAGUCUGUGUACACAGUUUAUGAGGGACACGAAAUAAUGUUUCAUGUAUCUACAAUGUUACCACAUUCCAAGGAAAAUAAACAACAGGUUGAACGAAAACGUCAUAUUGGAAAUGAUAUUGUAAAUAUUUUAUUUUAUGAAUGUGAUUCACCUCAAAAGUGUAAUUUUAAACCUUCUAUGAUGAAAACUCGAUUUACUCAUAUAUUUGCUGUUGUAUGCUUUUGUCAAGAUGAUUUGACAUAUAGAUUAAAUGUAUUAUCAGAGGAAUCUGUGCCCUUAUUUGGUCCACCGCUGCCAACACCAGCUGUAUUUUCUGAUCAUCAGGAAUUCAGAGAUUUUCUAUUAGUUAAAUUGAUAAAUGGUGAAAAAGCAGCAGUAAAUAACCCACUUUUCACACAAAAACGAGAAAGAACGUUAGACAUGCUUAUUAAAAACUUACACCAAGAAUAUAUGUCAGAAAUCAACAAGAACAAUCUGCUGUAUCGUCGUGCAUUUAGUGACGUCAUACAAGAUGUUCAAAGUUCACGGAAAGAAGAAGCCAGGCGAUCAGAGUUUGUUCGUGUAGGUCAGACUUUAAAGCUGAAAACCAUUAUAAAAGGUGAUGCUCCAACAAGCUUAGUCACAACAGGCAUAUUGAAAAGAGAGCCAUGGGAACCUCAGGAAUGUUUCAGUGAAAUAAAAAAUCAAAUUAUAUGUGGAGAUUCAUGGGGGGAUAAAUUAUUAAUAGUGACAGAUACUGGUGUGCUUCUGUUGGAAGACGGAGUGCAGCCACGUCUAUUGUUUGAUAAAUCAGUAUCUGUGAAACAGUUAGACGUGGUAGAAGAACUCGAACUUGUAUUAUUAAGAACAGAUAAAGGUAGAGACGGGAAGGUGGCAGUUUUCCGAUUAACUGAUUUUGAAGGUGAAAAGAACGAAAAUUUUGUAAGAGGACGUAUUGAUUGUAGGGACCAUAAAAUUGAGAAAACAAAAGGUUGCCAUUUAUAUGCUCUGUCACGGAGUGGAAGUAGCCACUUACGAAUGGUAGCUGCUAUUCAUAAACGACUGUUACUGUUUACAUGGAAACACUCGGCUGCUUUUACGUCAUGGUGUCCGACUAUGGAUAUUGACUUAUCAGAUGGCUUUACAUUUGUAAGGGAGUUACAAUCGUUCGAAGUGCCUCAGCUAAUUACACUUGUAGAUGAAAGUAAAGGAGACAAUCAAAUAUGUGUUGGUUAUAAAAAUCAGUUUGACCUAAUCAACGAGAAAAAUGGUGAUACAUUACAACUAUACAGCGUCGACAAUAAUAAGGUAACACUGGUGUCAGCAUUAGAUAUAUGUGAAGACGAAGAAGUAGAAUUAUUGUUGAGUUAUAAUUAUGAAAGUCACUUUCAAAAAUUGUCUGAAGAAAUAUCGAAUGAUUUUGACUUUCAUUGGAACUCGGAACCAAAGUCUAUUGUAUGUGCCUUUCCGUAUGUGCUUGCUUUUACACAAGACACAAUUGAAAUUCGAUUGAUAAUCAAUGGAAAUUUAGUUCAUACCAUGACAAUGCCUGAUAUUAGCCUCAUUACAUCGAAGAAUGAUAUCUAUUUUGGAAGCUCAUCAACUGACAGAAAAGAUAAAGACCACUCAUCAACAACCCCAUCAUCACCCUCAUGUUCAAGCCAAUCGACUAUAUACAAAAUUCCUCUAUCGUGCCUUGCCGGUCACAUUAGUAAUGAUAGGUUAAAUCAGCGGAAGCCGUCAUCGACUCCAUUGCUUGCUCCUAUUACAAAUGGAGAUAAGACAUUAGUAAAACGCAGUCCAUUAGUGCGAACUAAAGGUGGACUUUACCCUCCAAUUUACUUAGAACAGACAAAAGAGAGACACGAUUCUUCCAGUUCAGAUUCGGGAAUUACAAUUUUAAAACCGUCAGAUUCAAGUCCACCAGAGAGUCCGUAUCAAAAAUACAUAGGCCAUGUUGUUUAUUCAGAUGUUGAUACAGAUAUUGUAUAAGUAGUUGUACAAUUGCAUUUUAAAGGUUUCUUUAAAACUCAUAUUUAAGUUUUCUAAACAAAUCAAGCUAUAUUCAUCGUACACAAAUAAUUUUCGUGUUAUUUCAGAGUGUAUCCUUUAGUUAACAUAAAACACAAACCUGCAUAUUCAUCAACAUCAAUCUAGGCAUAAAAUGAAUCAAGACAAAUUAAAAGGGUUGCGAAAAUGACAUAUAUCAUUUAUAAACACCGUUUACAGUCUGUGAUAUAAAUAAAUAUAUGACCAGUUAUAGUAACAAGGAUAAAUAACUUUGAACAGUUUAUAACUGCAGUCAUUGAUAUGGUGAAACAACCCUUACAGUCUUAUAGCAGAACAGGGAUAUAUCUAUGGAGUUAUAAUAGAACAAUAAACCGAUGACUGUUUCUUGGAUUAUGUGUAAAUAUACGUUUGUGUAUUUCUGGUGCAACUGAGAACAAAAAAAAAAAGAAAUGUUAUAAUAUUCUAUGAAAAAAAAUCAUAUUGGAUGAAUCCGUGACGGGAAGUUGAUGGACGUGGAACUAAAAUCUUCGUCAUUUUAGGAAUAACACUGGAAUCUAACAUGUAUAGAGAAAUCAAAACUUAGUCUGAGAAAGUUUUAUUGUGGAGUUGUGACCUCUGUGGGACUAAAGAAUACUACAGAAUGUUGACUUUAAAGACAUUACAUUGUAGAAACACCUUGAAAUUGUACUGAGUAAAGUUUAUGAAAACUGUUGAAACAAAAUACUGUGAAAUCCUUGUAAUAAAAAUCCCGUGCAACCCAGACAUGUUUGUCGUGUGUAAACUGAAAACGUGUAUAAUCACAUUUACAAUGAUUGUUCUUUAGUAAAUGAAUCUUUGAACACUGUGCAUAUGUCUAAUGCGAAUCAAACGUCGGUGUUGACAGGAUAUUCUGCAGUUGUUACUUCUCACAUGUCAUCAUAGCAUGAAUUCAUAACCUAAAUAUUGUUUAAUUAAUAAUAAUUUACAAUUUCUUAAGAUUUUAUUGCAAUGACAAUAAUUAACAUUUUUUUUCAGAUUUUAUUGCAAUGACUUUAAUUCAUAAUUUCUUUAUUACAAUGAGGAUUUAAUUAAAUACAUCAUAUCUACAAUAUUCCCAUUCUCCAUUUUAUGUAUAUGCUCAUGAGGCAGAUUUAUAAAGAAUAAGUUAUUUUCAUUUCUUUAAUUACUCUAUUAAGUGUUAACUAGCAAUUAUUUCAAACCUCUGUUUCUAGUGAAAACAGUUAAGAAUAGCAUGUCUGACUAAAAAUAUAAGAAAUAGUGUCAACAUGGAACAUUUUCACUCCAUAUAAGCAAAUUCCAAAUACAACGAAAACGAUAAGACUUAUUUUUCCUAGCGUACCUGAUUAUUGUUAAUCCACGUGCGCAGGUCAAUUGCUCUGAACAACAAAUAUAAACUUUUCUCUUUCUUGAAUUUUUGUCCCUUGGUUGCUGUCUCGUUUAUGUUUACCAAAAUAUCAUUAAUAUGCAUAGUAUCUAUGGACCAAAUUAUAAAAUAGAAAAUAAAUACAUAUGUUGGGGCCUUUUAUAUCCGGCUAUACGGUUUGGAAUUUCCUCAUGGUUGAAGGCCGAGCAGUUAACUAUAAUUGCUUAAAUCUACGUUAUUUAAACUAUGUUGGAUGUUUGUCUCAUGGGCAAUCAUACUAUAUAUUUAUAUAGAAUAUCACACUAGAUUGCAGAUAGACAUAUAUAUGACUGUCAUGUUUAUAACUUAGAAAAGUUCUUUUCAUGGGAGUGAAGGCUUAAAUGUAAAUGUCAAGACCUGAUAUAUGCUGGAUUCUUUUUUACUCUGAAGCACAUGACUUCUUGGAAUCAAUAUCAUUAUAAACAAGAAAAUGUAUUGCAAUAAAACAUUUAUGUUAUAGCUUUUGUAAAUUCAUCUAAGAUAUUUUAAAAGCUCUUAUAAAAUGAUAAAUUAAAUUAUGUUUUGUGUUGUAAAUAGCACAAAUGAGCCUCACCAGAGUUAUUGGUGUUGCUUUUCUUUCCCUUCGGUGUCAGUAAUGUUACUUUUCUUACAUUUUUGAUAUUAACAGGUUCAAGUUACGGGUUCUCAUCGUGUAUCUGUUUAUAUUUGUGUAAUUUUUCAUUAUAAAAUACGUUUAAUAUUUUGCGUUUCACAAUAUGCGACUACCAAUUUUAUCUACCAGUCAUUUCAUGAAUGAAAUUUACAAAUAUAUGUGUUGUUUUAUGACCAUAAUUCUGUUAAGAUUUUUCUUUUUUCAAUUUAACUUUUACAAGGCAAAACAUGACCAAAUUGUAAAAGCAACCAACAUCAGUGUUAAUAUCAUACAUCCGGGCAUCAACAGACAAACACCAGGGCAAACACAGCUAAAAUCGCAUGCAACUCUAUCUUAUCAUGCGGAUCAUAUGAGUAAUUACUGGUAAUCUUUCUCUGCUUUAUGCAUACAUUACUUUAUCAAAAUAAUCUAAAAAGAAAAAUAUCAAAAUACCGAAUUUCAAGGAAAAUUCAAAACGGAAAGUCCUUUAUCAAAUGUCAAUAAUUAAAAGCUCAACACAUCAAACAGAUGGAAAACAACUGUCAUAUUCCUGACUUGGUACAGGCAUUUCCUUAUAUAGAAAAUGGUGGAUUAAGCGACAGUAAAUUAUAAUACUCGCAUCAUUGGAUUUUGUAAACGACAUGACUUGGUUGACCGUUCACAUAUUAUGAAACAUGUUCAAAUUGUUCUAGAAAAACAAAUCAAUCUCCUCUUCUGGUUUAUGAAAAAGUAUUCACUUUCAAACAUAUUGAAGAUGUUUUCAUAUUAAUGAGCCACAUUUCAAUAAGUUUUUGCAUAUUAUAGAUCCCAGUGAACAUGGUGUAAAAUAUACUUCUCUGCUAAAACUAGAAGUUCUGUUUCAUAUCUUUUUGUAGGUAUUGACAGAGACGGACCACCUUAACCAAAAAUAUAUGACAAACGUGAUGAUUUUAUAUUAUCAAUUGUCAGUUUCCCGUUUUUCAGUAACUUAAUUUCUACCUUAAUGUAUGGAGUAUAUAUAUCUCAAAUACAUUAUAACGUUCGUGCAUGUUCUCAUUAUAGGGAUUUCCGCAACAUGGAUGUGCUACUGACACAAAAAUGCUUUAACAGUGUCAUGAAGGAAAACGACUAUACUUUGAAUUGAAGAGUAUAGGAAGAAUAAAAAAGGGAACCAUAUUCUCCUUUAAUUUCUUGCAUAGCUUUUUGUUUAUACCAAAACAUUACCUUCUAUAUUACUUUAUCUAUUAAACAUCUUAAUACCCUUGAUUAAUUGUACAAAAAGAAGCCACUCCCUCCCCAUUAAAAUAAACACAAACGAACACAUGCGCAUUCAUAUAACGUACCCUUCACAAACGUCUAAUCUGAAAAGCUUCAAACAAAGUAAAUUCUAACACUAUUAUUAUUUAUAUUUACUUAUGUACUUAUGUACUACAUGUACUUAUGUGAUUAAUUAUUGUAUAAUUUGGUCCAAACCAUUGUUGUUAUUUAUCCAAAUGAAUGUUUUAUUGGUGCUUUUUGAAAAAAUUGCGUUGAUAUUUAAUAUUAUUAUUGUUUCUAAUUGUAAAUAUAUGUUAAAAUGUUUUGCACCAGAGGUUUCUAUUUUUGUCGAUUAAAUUUGAAUCUUU